AUGAUACAAGCAGAUCGAUGCUGCAUCAACUCGACAUCGAAGAAGAUACAUUCAGAAUACGCCAAUUUCUCAUUGGAAUUAGCAAAACUGCAAAUACCGAAAGAUUUCAAUCUAUCGAAAAUAGCAAAAGAUCUCAAAAGUUUCGGCAUUCAUAGUCUCAAAGAUGAUCACCAUCUCGAAGGUUUACCCCUCGAUCGACAUGGCAAAGUCAAUCCUGAGUUUCACCGAGAACUAUUCUUAGGCAACCAUGAACUAUUCGAGUCCAAUAUUCAACACGAUGAAAUGAAACGAAAUAAGAAGCUGGAAGAAAUCUUUCGACUAGCUGAUAUUGAUCAUGAUGAGCGUGUGACGCGAGAAGAGUUGGUGAGUUAUCUGUUCAAGAAUGUUCAAGAUCAUCUGAAAGAAGCGAAAGACAAGAACGCUCAAUUGUUCAUACUGAUCGAUACGAACAACGACGGAAAAGUGACAUGGCCUGAAUAUGCAGCAUUGUAUCUUAAACUCCAUAAUCAAAAUGUAUCUGUUGACAAAUAUCUAUAUGACAUGGACACUGCACCACAAUCAAUAGAUCUCGAUUUGCUUGCCGAACUUCUUAGAAUUCGUAAUCGUUGGAUGCGCGUUGGAGAUAAUCUUAAUAUCGACCAAUUUCUUGCAUUUCGUCAUCCCGAAUUAGUCAGUCAAGCAUCAACAAGUAUCGCUGAUAAUCUCAUGGCGCAGUUAGAUCGUGAUAAUGAUCAGCAAUUAACCGAAAAAGAGUUCAUCAUUGUUCCAUCACAUGAUAUAAAUGGAGAACAUGGUGAGACAAAACGGGAAGCAAUAGAUCAGCAAUGGAUGGCGUCCCAAAAGCGAGAAUUUCUUGAAUUCGACGAAAAUCAUGACGGCAUUCUCUCCAAGGAAGAAUUAGUUAAAGCAUAUGAUCCAAUGAAUCGUGCGCAUAUCAAUAUUCAAGUAAAUAGACUAUUUGAAAAAGUUGAUGAUUCACCACGUGAUGAUACUUUGUCAUUAAAUGAGAUUCAAAGGCAUGCUCAUGUGUUCGCUGAUAUGCGUAUUCUUGACACGGAUGAAGUUUUACAUGACGAAAUAAUAAAACCAACAAAGAUUGAAAGUCAGGUGAAAAAAUUAGGACGCAGUUCAUCACCGAAAUCAACAACAUCGAAGAAGAAGAAAAGCAAAUCAUUCAUUUAUGGAAAAAACAUAUUUAAGCUUAUCAUGAUUUGA